AAUCCUCUGUACAACAAGGGAACCGCCUUCAUCUACCCCGAGCGAGACAGGCUCGGACUCCGUGGUCUGCUACCACCGAGGAGAUUGGGGAUGACGGUUCAAAAAAGGAAGGUACUAGAACGCCUCCGAAGGCUACCCAGUGACAUCGACAGAAACUCGUACCUGGCGGAAGUUUGCGACAACAACGAGACCUUGUUCUAUGCGCUCCUGGUUGAGAACAUGGAGUACCUUGCCCCGAUCGUCUACACGCCUACAGUCGGACAGGCGUGUCAGGAGUUCGGCUAUCGUUUCCGCCGCCCUCGUGGCAUGUACCUCAGCGCCCUUGACAAGGGACACAUGCAUUCUUGCAUCGGAAACUGGCCGCAGCGAGACGUUCAGGUGAUCGUCGUCACGGACGGCUCGAGGAUCCUUGGUCUUGGCGAUCUCGGCGCUUACGGCAUGGGAAUCCCCAUCGGCAAGCUUGCUUUGUACUGUGCUGCUGGGGGAAUCGCUCCGCAUCGUGUGAUGCCUGUCUGUCUGGAUGCAGGAACAAACAACGAGAAGCUGCUGAAAGAUCCGUUCUACAUCGGACUUGUGCAGAAGCGCCUCAGAGGAGACGCUUACUUCGAGCUUGUGGAUGAAUUCCUCGAUGCGAUCAGAAAUCGAUUCCCCGACGCAUUUGUGCAAUUUGAAGACUUCAGUUCAGAUGUGAUCGACUUCUUGUCUGCUGCUCCGCUCUGUGUCUUCAACGAUGACAUCCAAGGUACCGGCGCCGUCACUCUAGCAGGCUUGUUCAGCGGCCUCAUCAAUCGCGGAUUGACUCCGGAGUCUCUCAAAGAUCAAAGAUUCGUCAUCGCAGGAGCCGGGAGUGCCGGGACGGGAGUGGCAACAGCGAUCCUGCAAGGCAUCAUGAAGCAGGGCCUUACCUACGGAGAGGCAGUAUCAAAGUUUGUUGUGGUCGAUAAGGACGGGCCCCUUACUGUCGAUCGCCUUGGCAAACUCACGAAAGAGCAAUCUGUCUUUGCAAGAGACGACAUGGCUCUCGGGAUGACUCUGCUGGACGUCGUCAAGCAAUUCAAACCGACGAUCUUGAUGGGACUGAGUGCUGUGGGAGGAUUGUUCACAGAAGAAAUCGUGAGAGAAGUCAAAGUUCACUGCCCGCAGCCGUUUAUCUUCCCUCUCUCGAACCCCACCGCCAACGCCGAAUGCUCUGCGGAAGACGCUUACAGGUGGACUGAGGGAGAAUGCAUCUUUGCUUCAGGUUCACCCUUCGCGCCUGUAACUUUGCCGUCGGGAAGAAUUCUGUAUCCGUCUCAGUGCAACAACAUGUUCAUCUUUCCCGGCAUCGGACUAGCUGCUUCUGUGUUGAAGUUGAAGCAGAUCACAGACGACAUGCUGUAUGAGGCCUCGGUCGCCGUCGCCAAGUCCCUCACGGACGACGACAGGAAAGCAGGAAGAGUUUAUCCCCAUGUUAACGACAUCCGACAUGUCUCUCUAAACGUUGCCGUGGCUGUCGGCAAGAAAGGCAUUGAGAGCGGACUCUCGAAAGCUUACGACAGCACUGACAUCCCUCACCUCGAGGAAAUUCUUUCUUCCAAGAUGUACAACCCGACAUAUGUCCCACUUAUCAAGAACGCUGAUCAGCAAUAAACUUUGACAAGAGGAG